AAUAAUCAAUUAGAAACAACGUAGAGGCGAGGAAGUCUUUGGAUUUAGGUCCCUUCCUUUUGAAGAGACUCUUCUCUCACAAAACUGUUUUUCUUCCACAUAUUUCCUCUUGUUUUUUUCCUUUCUCCAGAAAAGAAAAAAAGAGAGAGAGAACAGAAGAGGAAAUAUAGUUAAGAUAAUCCCCAGGUGAAAUUUCCAUGAAAAUUUCCUAAUAGGUAUCAACCUGUUGGAAUUCAACUCUGUGGAUUCCAACAGACCAACCAAUACGCUUCCAUCCAAUCCACCCCAAAUCAGUUUCCCCUAAUCCAAAAAUAUUCGCCACCUGUUUGAAGAAUUGCCCCAGAGAGAAAGAAUCUCUUAAUCUUAUUCAUCACACGAAGAAAAAGAGAAUAAAAUAUGUCUAGCAUCUAUUCGAUAUCCUCUGCGAAUCAAUCUCCGGCGAGAUCAAGUGAUCAGAAAAUCACGCAGUGCACGGUGAGCUGCGUGUAUCAGACGCACAUUGCCGGCUACUGGCGCAAUGCGACUGUGGUGUGGAGCAGGAACAUCAUGUUGAACUCGUUGUGGAUCUCUGUGGAAAGCGUUGAGCGUGAUCAAGUUUGCUCGUGCAAGCUCGAGCUUAAACCUUGGCAUUUUUGGUCGAGAAAAGGCAACAAAACUUUCAUGGUUGAUGGGAAUCAGCUCGAGCUCUACUGGGAUUUCCGAUCAGCCACAUUCUCUGGCCCCGAGCCGAGUAAAGACUUCUACGUGGCAUUGGUUUUCGAUGAGGAGGUUGUGCUGUUGCUCGGUGACAUGGAGAAGAAGGCGUAUAAGAUAACGAAAGCUCGAGCUGCAAUGCUCGAGGCUCUGAUGUAUUACAAAGAGGAGCAUGUGUUUGGCAAGAAGUCGUUCUCCACUAGGGUGAGGUUCGAUCAGGGAAGGGAGCACGACGUGGUGGUGGAGAGCUCGACGGCGGGGGAUAAGGAUCCAGAGAUGUGGAUUAGUAUAAAUGGGAUUGUGUUGAUACACAUUAGGAACUUGCAGUGGAAAUUCAGGGGCAACCAGACUGUGGUAGUGAAUAAUCAGCCUGUGCAGGUCUUCUGGGACGUGCACGCAUGGCUGUUCUGCUCGCCUGGGACGGGACACGGCCUCUUCAUCUUUAAGGCCGGGGGCGAGGGGGACAGUGAGGGUGAUGACGACACUCAGUGCGAUGGGAGUGACUGCAGCGGCCCUAGCAAGUACUCCUCUGCGAGGAGCUACUCAAAGGCCGCGGAGACGUGCUUCUUUCUGUAUGCGUGGAAGAUUGAGUGAGGGAGGAAAAUAGGCUUAAAAGAGGAUUAAUACGUUCGACCAAAGACUAACCGGCCGAUCUUUCAAGGGGAAACUCUAUAUGCAAAGCUGCUUCCCUCUUUAAGAAUACACCAAUUUUUUGUUUGUACCAUGCAAGUUAGAAAUGUAAAUAAACUUCAAGCAUACAUGAUGGAAAUCGACGAUUGCAGAAAUUUUGUGAAAAA